AUGGUCUUGUCUCUAAGAGCGGCGCAUCUCAGCAGCCGUUCGUUGCGGAAGGGAUGCUCUUAUAGCACGUCCUUUCGUCCGAUAUACCCGGCAUCACUUGACUCGCCGACUGCUGCCGUUCUCAGCCCCUCGAGUCCGAACCAUCGCGGAUCGAACAUACAUGGAGACACCUCCUCGUGCGAAUUCUGGUGCUCGUCGCGGCUUGUUCAACCGGGACUGAACAGGUACUUCAAUCCAGUGCCAGAAGUUUUAGAGCCCCGAAAUUUCGUCGCUGGGAAGCGUCAAUCGAUUCGCAACCCGCCUCACCGAGAGACAAAUUCCGCGCGACCUACACAUGGGACCGCGCAACAAAACCGGCUCGAUGCCGGAAGGGAAAAGACUGUUCAGCCAUCGCACCAUGAACCAAGCCCGUCGGAGUAUUUGAUUGACAUCAUCCAGAACUUGGUUCUCUCUUCCAACAAUGGUCAUGGCAACCACUGGAUAUUGUCGGGCAAGGCUCGGAGGCCUCUCAACGCUCCUUUAACGUCAGAGCAGCGGUUGGCUUUCAAAAAAGCGAAGAAUAAUUCUUUGCAAAAGAUCCUUGCGGACUAUAUCCAAAGGUUUUAUCCAGUUCUGCAGAAAGGAAAUGACCUACGACCUUGUGCGGUGGUGGAGCUCAACCCUACUAUGCAACGGAUGCCCGGCAGAGAUGAUAUCGAGUACCUGGCUGCCCGGGGAUACGACGUCAAAGAUCUAAUGGCAUGGGCUUGGGUGCUUAUGAGUGAUGAUACAUACCAGGCUACUCUUCGCAUUUUGCUGCUGGAAGCAGAUCGGGCGGUCAACCGCAACAAGCCCAGACAGCUUCCUACAUUCAUACCUCUCAUGCUUCUGCGCCAGGAACUUGACUUGAAAACAUUCCGUUUAUUACUACUCUACUGCUUGCACGCUAUUAUCGGGCAGCCAAUUCCACCUCUCAACCUUUCUCCUGGUGCCGGGCCAAAUGCAGCGGCAUCUGUACAUACUAAUGAGCGCGCCAAUGAGGGAUCUCUGAUUGAUACCAGCACUUGCUCUAUCCUCGUCGUGCGUUUGCUUUCUCAGGCGCGGCGACUGUGGCCGGAAGCGCAGCUCUCCAUCACCCAAGCAUUCGCGUUCUAUCUGCGCAACCAUAAGUCUGCGGGGAACAGCUUCGUCACGGAAAAGCUCAACAUGUGCUUACGGCUGAUUUCGUUGCCUAGCGGGCCCCGCCCGUUCAUCUCUGCUCCAGUACGACAACAAGCACAGUUUGAGUUGUUGAAAGCGAUGGCGGACAGAACUCCAGCCUUGCCUGUUACGCGACGAGGUUACCAAGGCCUGACUGCCGUUCAGCUAGCGCAUAAAAAGACGGCCGCCGAACGCGAGUUUGCGAAGCUAAAGACACCAGCAUGGCCGCCGUGGAAGGAGGAGAGGUCAGGCAUGGACACGACCAAGGGCAUAGAAGGAAUGAAAAGUCGCGCUAUGCGUGUAAUGUCGCAAAUGAAGGAAGCAGGAUACUCACCCUCUCUUUGGGAAAAUGUCACAAGUGUUCUGGCAGGAUGGGAUACGGACAAUAGCCCCACUAUACAAACCCGGACCUUGGGGCGGCCACCGGAGGUACUUCGAGGCCGUACAGGCAAUGAAAAUCACCACGCACUUUGGGAGGCACGAAUCCGCUCCACGAGGACGGUGCGAGAGGCCUGGGCCUGCUUCAUGGCAUAUGAAAGCCGACGACUGCCACCACACUGUGCGGUGUAUGCGGCGAUGGGGGAAAAGCUCGUCUUACAACGGAGAACCAAGAAACGGCUUAGCCAAACAAGCAGUGCCUUGCCAGGAGACGGGCCGGAGGUGUUUCCAGAACCUGCAUCCGCAAGAGAUUGGAUUUAUACACCCUCGGAACCGCCUACGAUAAGGCAGUUUCUUGAAAGAAUGCUUUCUCAUGGAAUCCGCCCGUCUGGUAGAUUCUUAGCGUCUCUCCUGCACCAUGCUCCAACCUUCGCCGUAGGGUUGGACUGUCUGAACUGCAGCGAUUUGAGCAAUCAUCAACUCGCGGCAUUGUUCAGCGUUGAGAUCCCAGAAAAUGUUGCCGAAUAUCAGAAGGCGCUGGACGAGCUACCUGAGUAUCUCGUUUCCGCUUUCGCCCGCUUCUUGUGCCGGUUCUCGGUUGUCUCCGAGUUACCUUUGAAAACAGAUACUAGUAUCGCCAUCGCAGAAGCUUUCCCUAUCUUGUCGGGACAAUGGGCUAGAACCCAUGCGCAUACGCCCACCCUUUAUUCUUUCACCGACCAGCAGCGAAGGCCAAAUAAACUCUGGUAUAUCAGGCUGCGAUCGCACGCGAUCAAUUUGUUACGGAGACGGAAUCCUCGAAACUCGCAAAACCCACAGGGGUGGGUCCAGCUUCUAGGAGGCCUUCAUCAGACCCGUAUACUCGGCGAUCCGUAUAAACUUAGUCGACAUACGCAGAUGAUUCUCGCUUGGUAUGAGAUUUUGGAGAUCCUCAAGUGGCUGGAAGAACGGGAUGUUGUAGUCGGCCCCGAGGGAUUCCAAAUAAUUUGCGAAAGUUUCUCAAGCGCAGUAGUGGCUGGAGUGAGAGAACCAGAAGCAUUGGAGAGAGCAUUGGAUAUCCUGAUCUCGAUGGGUCAAAUAAACCCGGAACUUCCCCCACCAACGUUGGAAGACUUGGUUAACCAUGGCCUGACUACGCUCAAAGAUCAAUUCGACCACAUUGUUCUUCUUGACCCAGGAACAACUUCAUUUGUUGAAUCACUCACGGCAUCCCUCGAUAGCAGCACCGAGUCGCAGGUCACAGUACCUGCGUUGACUCACGUUCCUUCUCCAACCGUCCUCCACGCAUUUGUCAGAUCUCUUGGGCAUGUUGAAGAUUCAGAGGGAUUGUUGAGUCUUCUUCGGUGGAUGAGCCGACAUGCCCUGACGCUUAAGCAAACGUCUGAUGAGCAUAUGAACGGCGAUGUCGUGAUGCGGCGGACGAUCGUUGCCCUGCGCAUGUUCCUCGAAGGAUACUGGGGCAAACGGCGAUCACCACCCGAGGCAUAUGAUCCGGGCUCUGCUGUUGCACCGACUGAUGUGGUGCCAACUUUCUCAGAUCCGAUUCUGCAAGAGGCGUAUGACAUUGUCACGGCUACUGAGAUCUGGGGACCGUGGCCAAGCGACGAAGAAGUCUGGGAGUACUUGCAACAUGGGAAGAAGUUUGGGAGUCUUUGA